CCGCAGAGUUUUUAGUCGGUGUGAGAGCUCCGCGUGUCUCCAGUCUCCCCGAAGCUCAUCUGCGUUUGUUGGCGCGCGCCCACGCGCUCUGGACUACAACAGGUUCUGGUUUUCCCGGUGAUGACAUUCCUGCUGCUCACUGGAAAAGUCCCCAUUGAAAUGAAAGACCUCCACUCCUGCCCUUUGAGCUCCCUCCUGCACUACCCUUCCUCUAAAACCUCCGCCGCGCCCUUCUCCUCCCCAUCAACUGGCCCCGCCUCCACACCCGGGGCGUCCCCGCUCUCCAAGCUGCAGCCCUUCUCCUUGCAGCAGACGGGUCCACAUCUCAUCGCCACCAUGCAGCUGCAGAAGCUCAGCUCCCACUACCAGAACCUGCCCGGGCCCCCCGGAGCGCCAAAGGGCUUUGAGGGCCCACAGUCGGGCGUGGGGAACCCACUCCUGGGGCUGCCUGCAGGCCUCGGAGGCGGCGGCGGCAUCGGGGGCCCAGGCUCUGGAGCGGGAAGUGUGAUUGAAUUUGACUUGGUGGACGAGGAAGUCCUCAUGUCGCUGGUGGUGGAGCUGGGUCUGGACCGAGCCAACGAGCUCCCAGAACUCUGGCUGGGACAGAAUGAGUUUGAUUUCGUGUGCGAUGUGCCGGCUGGAUGCUGAAAACGCAGAUGAAGGGACUGGAAAAGGAGAGAGACAACCUCCCCUCCACCAUACAUUUGCUGAGUCAUCACUUCUGAAUAUCAUAAUAAUGGCUUCAGGAUCCACUUUUGAAAAGCAUGAAAACACCUGUUGUGUUCUGUUCUCUGUUGGAUCAUGAAAAUAGAAAUAAUGACUCGCGGAAAACUGGAAACGGACGUCCUUCUGGAUCCUUUCCAGAAGCUUUCUCGAUGCAUCCUCAAACUGAAUCCCUGAUCAGCGAGGAUUCUAGGUUGACAGUAAAUCUGUCUGCAGGACGAAUCAGGACCUUUGAUGGACUUUUUGAUCCAUCAAGCAGAUGUGAGGAUUUCUGUCAUGUUAUCUAGUGGAAAAAGACAGAGUUGAGUGUCUUCCAGCAUUUAUGGACUGAGAAGAGCAGGUGUCAGAGAACAGAACCCUGUGGAACACCAGCUGUGAGAGGGGAGGGUCACAUCUGCUCCAGUGGGAGGCGGAGCAAGGUGGAUGAGAGGAGUCUGGAUGGAUCUUCAUCAGCCAGACAGAGAAGAGGAGAACGCUGCGAUGUUUGGGGGAUCAGGAAACUUGGAGCUGAUUGUUUUUGAAGACACUGAAACAUCAGUGGUCAGGAAUGGCUGGUGUUUCUAAGCUUCAUUUGGUCGGUUCACAUCAGGAACCAAGAUUAAGAGGGGGUGAAGGUCACACUAUUGGUGGAGGGGUCUUGUUGCCCCCCAACAAGCACGUGUCCAGUGGAAGCGUAGAACUGACCCCCCAACUCAUUGAACUAUCCAUGGAUCCGUCAGAGGGGCAGGCAGUUGGGUUCCUCUCCUCAGUGAAGACUUUUGAUUGUGCAGCAGGAAAACCAUGGAAGAAGCACCUUUUUUACUUUUUUUACAUUUAUAAAAAGGGACGGGAAAAAAAAAAACUUUGUUACAAUUUAAAAUUGUCAACAGAUGUCAACAGGCCAUCUUGCUAACAGCUAAUUUGUAGACUAUGUCCCUAAAAAUAAAAAAAAUCAACAAACAACAACACACAAAAUACAUGAAAUCUAGAUCACAGCAAAACACCUGCAAAACAACGGAUCUAAUGUUCACUGGCUUGUUUGGACUCAAUCCAUUGUUUUACUUUACAAGUAAAUUGUUUUAGAUUUUAAUUCAGCAGAUAUGUUGUUCCAGAUUUGUGGACCUUUUACUGUGAAGGAGCUUUGACUAAAUGUACAUUAGUCUGUCUCCACAAGCAGCUCCUUUUGUCGGCUUUGAUAUGUUUGAAUCGAUUAGGAUUAAAAGGAAUACUUUAUAACAUUUUCCAAAUUUAAGAAAUCGUGCUUUUCUAAAAUCCUACAGUGGUGGCGUUUCAUUGGCUUUUGGUCCAGCACUUUAAAAAAGAGAAACCACACCUUUCAUUGCUGACUGACUGACUCCAGUCAGAGAAAUUAGAUACAAUUAUUGCAUGAAAAUAUUACUUUAUUAAUAGACAAGAUCUUAAAAGAUGAAAAAAGUUCAUAUUAGUGCAAACAGUUUUUGUUAUUUUCCUUACAUGAGCAUCAUAUUCUAAAUUUGAAUCUAAAUCCACUCCCAGAUAUUUAAAUUCAUUAAUUUUAUGGACUGGUUGACAAUCAAUUUUUCUCCGAACGUUAUCUGUGUGUCUGUAGGCCCAUUGAACAGUUGUGGAACAAUUUAAGAAUAAACCGUUAUCUUCAAGGCACGGAGAGACACUGACCAUGUGGCUGUUCAACAGCUCUGCAGCAUUAUCUGGAGUCUUUGCUGAGACAUAGAUGACAGUGUCAUCAGCAUACAGCUGGCACUCAGCCUCUCUGCAGAUGUUUGGGUAACCUGCAGAUUCAGGUGAAGCCCAUGUAAGGAGGGGGGCUCUCUGCAGACCUGAGUCUAGGUCAGACACAGGUGUCUCGGUUUUAGCUCAGUGCAUGCUCAUGCACACUCGUGCACGCUCAUGCAUGUUGGUAUAUUAAAGUGGAGAGCCAGAACUCCAUAAAAACCUGGUGAAGGACAGGUAUUUCUUCUGAAGAAAGCUCUUUCUCAAUCACAAACUGACUAAAGUAGGAUGAAGAUGCAGCCCUCCUCUUGCUCUGUCGAAUCACCUUAAAUAUUAGUCUUAACGGGGGGUGGGGGAGGGGGUGUGAAUGUGUUGUUUUGUCAUCCAAAUCUCAGCUGUUUCUGUGUGAACCUGUGUCCUCCACUUGCAAAAGUUCAAUGAAUUGCAGUGGAUGAAGUGCAGCAGCUUUGGGGGUGUCUCAUCUGAAAAUCCUGAGAAGACACCCCCCAUUUAAGACGAACAGAUUUGCCAUCUUGAAGCCUCUGAAAAUGCUGAAUCUGAACUUUGAUCUUUUUUUUUCUUUGUGUUAAUUUCUUUGUAAAAGUGAUGUAAUCUUCACAUGUAAUAAAGUGAAAGCUUUGACCCCCUCAGUUUGUCUUUCUGCUCGUUUACUUUUGUUUUCUGCAGUUAUGUUGACAUCUUUUGUGAUUAUACUGCCCUCUGCUGGAGGAAAUGGGCAACUACAUGGACUGUAUCUAUUCUCGUCAUGUAGGGAAUAAUUUCAUCCACUUUUUUAAUCAAAAAUAAUCUGCUCUUAUAUGAAAAAAAAUAAA